AUGACGAAUCCAGAUGGUGCUCAAGAUAACGGUGCUACCGCAGUACCGGUGAAAACCGAAAAACAGUUAAAAAAAGAAGCAGAAAAAGCGGCCAAGUUGGCAAAAUUACAAGAGAAGUUGAACAAGAAGCAACAGCAAGAGCAGCAUUCAGCUGCGAAGCCUAAAACUGAGAAAAAAGUAAAAGAAAGUAAAGAGGCAGCAAUUUACACUGGAACAACAAAGGAGGGGGAUAAGAAAGAUUUAUCCGGUCCAUUCCCCGAUUCCUAUAGCCCGCAAUAUGUGGAAGCAGCGUGGUAUGGCUGGUGGGAGAAGGAAGGGUUUUUCAAACCUGAGUAUGGGCGUAAGCUAAACAACUCGAAAGGACAAUUUGUGAUGGUAAUUCCACCUCCAAACGUUACUGGCUCGUUGCAUCUUGGGCACGCGUUGACAAAUGCUAUUGAGGAUGCAAUUACUCGUUGGCAUCGGAUGAAGGGCCGUACGACGUUGUGGGUGCCGGGUUGCGAUCACGCCGGCAUAGCAACGCAAGUCGUUGUAGAGAAAAAGCUGUGGAGAGAACACAAGCAAACGCGACAUGAUUUGGGCCGAGAAAAAUUUAUCGACAAGAUAUGGCAAUGGCGCAAUGAGAAGGGCGAUCGCAUCUAUCAUCAGCUGAAAAAGCUGGGUUCUUCGUUCGAUUGGGAUCGUGCGUGCUUUACAAUGGACCCGAAACUGUGCAAAGCCGUCACGGAGGCGUUUGUGAGAAUGCAUGAGAUGGGUAUGAUUUAUCGUAGCAGUCGUUUGGUGAACUGGUCCUGCACGUUACGCUCUGCCAUAUCCGACAUCGAAGUGGACAAGGUAGAAGUGAGCGGACGCACGCAGCUAUCAAUUCCUGGCUAUACAGAGAAGGUCGAAUUUGGUGUGCUUGUGUCCUUUGCCUACAAAGUCAUCGAGAGCGAUAGUGAUGAGAUUGUGGUAGCAACUACACGUGUUGAAACAAUGCUCGGUGAUACAGCCGUUGCGGUGCAUCCAAAAGAUGCACGAUACCAACAUCUGCACGGAAAAUUCGUCCAACAUCCAUUCUGCGAUCGUAAGCUUCCCAUCGUGUGUGACGAGUUUGUGGAAAUGGCAUUUGGAACGGGUGCAGUUAAAAUAACGCCAGCGCACGAUCCAAACGAUUACGACGUUGGCAAACGGCACAAUCUUCCGUUUAUUACAAUUUUCUCUGACGAUGGAAUCAUUGUGGGCGAUUAUGGAACCUUCACCGGCAUGAAACGGUUUGAUGCGCGUAAGGCUAUUCUGACUGCGUUACAAGAACAGGGUCUGUAUCGAGACACGAAGGACAAUCCAAUGGUGGUGCCUGUUUGUUCGCGAUCGAAAGACAUCGUAGAGCCUUUAAUCAAACCACAGUGGUACGUCAAAUGCAGUGAAAUGGCCGCUAAAGCGACUGAUGUUGUGCGCACAGGAGAGCUAACGAUCACGCCGGACGUGCACAAAAAAAUCUGGUACCACUGGAUGGAUGAAAUACGAGAUUGGUGUGUAUCGCGUCAACUUUGGUGGGGGCACCGAAUCCCGGCAUAUCAGGUAGUUUUCAAGGAUCCUACCAAGACACCGAAAAACUUAAGCGACGAUAAUCUGUGGUUUGUUGGUCGCACUGAGGCGGAAGCACUUACCAAAGCGGUGGCCAAACUGCGCGUGGACAAGUCGCUCAUUAGUAUGAAGCAAGAUGACGACGUGCUUGAUACGUGGUUUAGUUCUGGAUUAUUCCCUUUUUCCGUGUUCGGCUGGCCUGACAAUACGGACGAUCUGAAGUUGUUCUAUCCUACCACACUGCUGGAGACAGGACAUGAUAUUCUCUUCUUUUGGGUUGCCCGUAUGGUGUUCUUCGGCCAGACGCUGCUAGGAAAACUGCCCUUCAAGGAGGUGUUCUUGCACCCGAUGGUCCGCGAUGCGCACGGUCGUAAGAUGUCCAAAUCGUUGGGUAACGUAAUUGAUCCCAUGGACGUUAUAACGGGCAUAUCUCUGGAAGGAUUGCAUUCACAGCUUUACGAUUCCAAUCUGGAUCCGAGAGAAAUAGAGAAGGCUAAAGCGGGGCAAAAACAAGAUUACCCGAACGGCAUUCCCGAAUGUGGUACUGACGCUCUGCGAUUUGCGCUCUGCGCGUAUAUGACACAAGCAAGAGAUAUCAAUCUGGAUAUUCAACGCGUCCAAGGUUAUCGUUUCUUCUGCAAUAAGCUGUGGAACGCCACGAAGUUUGCUUUGAUGUAUUUCCCAGGCACUGAGAAGUACGAUAUCAUUACAUCACUGGAUGGUUCGGAGAGCAAUAUCGAUAGAUGGAUUCUUUCACGGCUUGCCGGGUGCAUUGACGUUUCGAACCGCGGUUUCGAAAAAUAUGAAUUUGCGCAGGCGACCAAUGCAUGCUACAAUUUCUGGCUCUACGAUCUGUGCGACGUGUAUCUGGAGUGCUUGAAAUCGGUCUUUCAAACGAAUGAUGAACCUGCUAAAGCAGCUGCACGUCGAACGCUGUAUACGUGCCUCAAUUUUGGUCUGAAAUUACUAUCACCCUUCAUGCCGUUUAUCACCGAGGAGCUGUAUCAACGACUGCCAAGGGCAGACGAUGCCACUGUGGCGAGUAUUUGUGUUGCAUCUUAUCCUGAGCAGAGUACCAGUCCCUGGAAGGAUGAAUCAAUCGAAAAGGGAUUCGAAUUUGUCCAAAAAACAGCUCGCGACAUUCGUUCGGCCCGUAGCGACUACAAUAUUCCGAACAAGACCAAAACCGAUGCAUAUUUCAUUUGCAGUGACGAAGGUGUGCGCAGUGCUCUGGAACGGUUCAGUCUCGAGCUGGAAACAAUGGCAUUUUCCCAGGUCCACUUUGGAACAGUGCCACCUGCAGGUUGUGCGAUUCUGACCAUAUCCGGACAGUGUGUGGUGCACCUCAUGCUGAAAGGUUUGAUCGAGGUGGACAAAGAAAUUGAGAAAAUGACGAAAAAGCAAGAAACACUGUUACAAACGAUUGCAAAGCUGCAACAAGCAAUGGCUGUCCCGAACUACGCCAGCAAAGUGCCCGAAGAUGUUCGAAAAGCAAACGUGGAAAAGUUGGACCAAUCGAAGGUGGAAAUCGAACGAUUGUCUUCCGCUAUCGAUACGCUGAAGUUGAUGUAA